GUCGGGUCGUUGUGGCGGGUAAGUGAGUCUGCGUUGGACGUUACCGUUAAACCGUGUAAAACCGGCAGUACACCGGCCGUUGGACUGGGAGUCGGACCGGCUAGGGACCGCGUCCUCAGGCUAACGUAAGCUGCUGAGGUCAGAGGUCAUGGUUCUCCACAAUGACCCCGGUCCGCAAACGCGUCAGACUCAGCCCGUCCACACUGCCGCCUGUUGUCGUCUCCUCCGCCCGGUCCCUCAGACCGCCUCCAUCCGCUCCUCAGCCCCUCUCCCAUGAUGCUUUGCAGCCAGAGGAGGAGGAAGGCUAUCUGCUGGUGGAGGAAGAUACCACCGACUCCAGCCUCGUCAUCACCAUGGAGGACAGUCAGGUGGAGGCGAAGGCUGCGAGGAGGAGAGCAGUGAGGAAGAGGAGGGCCAAACUGACCGAGGAGGAGGAGCAGGGGGGCGGGGCCUCAGACAGCGAAGAAGAGGAGGCGGGAGCAGAGUUGGAGAUUGACAGACUCCUGGACCAAUCAUUAGAGACAAAGUCCAAACAACACAACCUGACCACAGUGAACGUCAGAAACAUCAUCCACGAAGUGAUCACUAACGAACACGUGGUGGCCAUGAUGAAAGCCGCCAUCAACGAGACCGAGGCCGUCCCGCCAUUUGAGCCGAAAAUGACUCGAUCCAAGUUUAAAGAAGUGGUGGAGAAAGGAGUGGUGAUUCCAGCCUGGAACAUUUCUCCCAUCAAGAAAACCAGUGACAUCAACAAGGCUCCUCAGUUCGUGGACAUCCCUCUGGCUGAGGAAGACUCCUCUGAUGAAGAGUACCGUCCUGAUGAGGAAGAGGACGAGGAGACGGCUGAAGACACGUUCCAGGAGAGCGACAUGGAGAGCACGGCUUCGUCUCCCAGAGGAAGUCGACUGAACAGAGCGGAGGAAGACAGCUCCAGCCCCUGGCAGACUUCUCGAAGCCGAUCCAGGAAUUUGAGGGUGGGGUCUAUCUCAAUGGGUCCCCCCCCCCCUCCCAAAGCCCCGACCCCCAAAGCAGUGACUGACAGCACCUUUCUGGAGAAACUUCAUGCUGUGGAGGAGGAGCUGGCCGUGUGCAUGGAGCCCUACCAGCCUCUGUCAGAGUCCGAGAACGAGGUGGGUCUGAUGGCGUACCGGACUCGGUCUAAACGUCCUCUUCGUGAUGUCCCGCUGGGCCGGCUGGAGGCGGAGCUCCAAGCUCCUGAUAUCACACCUGACAUGUAUGAACCCAGCUCCGCCCACGAGGACAGGGAGUGGACUGAUUGGCUGAGAGGCCUGAUGAGCUCAGACAUGGACAAUGAAGAGGAGUGUGAUGAUGAAGAUGAUCCAGAGUAUAACUUCCUGGCUGAUAUCGAUGAACCUGACUUGGAGGAUUACCGUGACGACAAGGCUGUCCGCAUCACCAAGAAGGAGGUGAACGAGCUGAUGGAGGAGCUGUUUGAAACGUUAAAAGAAGACCUUGUGGGACAGGAAGUGGAUGAUGAAGGCCACGAGGAAGAGGAAGAGCCGCCGGAGGAAACACACACUGUUCAGACACACACACCUGAGGAGCAGCACAGCACAGCGCUCGCAGACGAUGAGGCGGAGGAUGGACCAAUCACAGAGCUGCGUACAGUGAAGCAGCAGCUGGCUCUGAUUAGGAAGAGACGGCAGACACACACACUCUGUCCUGAGCCGUACACACUGAAACUGGACGCACAGCAGAAGACCAGACUGCAGCUGCAGCUACAACAGCACAUCCAGCUGUUGACCCAGAUUCACCUGCUGAGUUCACCUGUGGCCAAACUACACAACGAGGCCGAGACCACCAGACAGUUCCUGUUUGAGUUGGACGUGCUGGCUCAAAGAGCCGAGCUGCUCAUGUCCUCGGCUCGUCCUGGUUUCUGCAGUGUCUUCAGAUCUGCCAACCUGCAGGGGGCGCUGCAGCUGCUGGAGGAGCUGCGACAGACUCCCAUCAGCUACCAGCCACAACACCACCCACCUGACGCCAGAGGACACAUGCGUUGUUAUCCCAUGAUGCCAGCUGAACUGGCCUGGCUCUUUGCCACUCGUCCGGUCUUCCUCUACCCAGAGCUGCUGCCCUGUGUCAGCCUUGACCCAGAUCUGUACUGCCCCCGCAGGACGGCUGCGUUCACUGCAGCUGAGGACUGCCUCCUGGUUCUGGGUCUCAGGAACAUGGAAGGGUCAUGUGACCCAACUAAGCUGGUGUCUCAGUUCCUGCUGAGGAAGACUCUGGUCCAGGUCCGACGCAGAAUUCUGCAGUGCUGCAGACCCGGUUCCCCUGACAACAUUGUCAAGGCGUUCAGGUACCAGCGCGUGCUGUGGCCGAUGCCCGUGGCCUGCCGUCCUGCUGAUCCGGCAGAGCAACGGCCGCCGGUGGAGAGACAGGAGAGCGUCAUGCCUCUCUGGCUGGUGAGGAGUCUUCCUGUCAUCUACCCGACCAUUAAAUGCUAUAAUGCCCCACCUGGCUCGGCCCCCGAGGCCCCACCCCCCUGCAGGUGGAGUCGACCUCGUCAGAGUCACCUGACCUUCCUCCGCUCCGCCUCCAACACCUACAGCUUCCCUCCCGGGACAAGAUACGCCCCCCGCCUCCCCAAACAGCUUGACUUCAGACGCAUUGGCUUUGUCCUGCUACAACAGCCCCUCCCCCUUCCACCUGCUGACUCCUCCCCUCUGUCUGAUGGACAGGUUGACCCCUCCUCCCACCCCCCACCUCCUCCAAGUCACAAAACCUGCUGCCCCCAAGCUCUCAGACCUCCACGAGUCCUCCUCCACCGACUCCCCCUGACCAGGACUGACAACCCCGCUGACAUCAUCAUUCCCUCCACUGUCUCCAUGACAACCACAGAGCAAAUCAGACGCCACUAUCAGACCCUUGUCGUCCUGAGGAGGAAGGGGAGGAAGAGGAGGUCGUCUUCUUCACCUCCUGAGAAAGAGAAACCCGCCCUGAACAGAGGAGGAAUGAGGAGUGACAAAGAGGCACUGACUCCUCCUCCUCCUCCUCCUCCUGAAGGCCCCACCCCUUCUCAGGUGGAGGUGGUUGAUGACAUCAUCAGGAUAAAUGAGGAGAGAAAGGAGGAAGAACAAGAGGAGGAGGAGAGCGAGGUCCUCCUGGUCCUGUCUGAAUCAUCGUCCAGCACUGCAGGAAGUGUCACCCAUGACGAUGACAUGGUCGACCCCGAAGAGGUGGGGUCAGAGAGUGAACAGGAAGUGACGCUGACACCAUCCAGAGCAGCAGAAGGAGAAAGCGAUGGUGAUGAUGGCGAGACGUCUUCAGAUGAAUCCAGAGCGUCCGUCCUCCAGCUGCAGGAGAAGCUGUCGUCAGAGGGAACUGAGGAGGAGGAGGAUGAAGAUGACCGGAGGGAGGCGGAGGAAGUGGCGUUCGCUCAGGAUUAUCUCCACAGGGUGUUGGAAGUGGUGCAGGUGUCUCCGGGCCUCUCUGAGCAGCUGCUGCAGGUGUUGGAUCAGUUUUCAGCAGAGGGGCCCCUGGGGGCCUCUGGGGCCCCGGAGCUCCUGUAUGACAGACUGAGCUGUUUGCUGCAGCCCUGGCCUCAGCUGCUGAGAGACUUCGCCGCCUUCCUGAGCCGAGGACAGGCCCGCCGCUGUGGACUGCUGUGGGAGCAACAACUGUUUGAACGCAGCCGUCGGUUUCUACGGCGACUGGGACGGAGUCUGGGAGAAAGUUCCUCUCUCUACCAACAGGUGGUGUCGGUGCUGCAGGGAAGCCCCACCCCCCCACCUGAGGACAUGGACAAGAUCUCGUCUCUCCUCGCACACCACCCCGACCUGCACCAGUUCUUCCACCAGCUUCACUCCCGCACGUCUCCUAUAGCAACCAGCUCCGAGACCACAAAGGUGGACUCCGCUUUCCAGAAGAACAGGACGGGUUCCGACCAUCAGAUGUCUGACGAGAGUGGGACAGGAAGUGACAGAGAGGAAGAGGAAGAACGAGCGGUGUGUGCCAAAAACAUCUCGAUGACCUCCACAGGAGAGAAGGUCGUCAUCUGGACUCGGGAGGCAGACCGCGCCAUCCUGACGGCCUGUCAGCAGAGAGGAGCCAACAGGAAAACAUUCAGACAGGUGUCUGCCCACCUGGGAAACAAGACCACCCAACAGGUGAGUCUUCGUUUCCACGACCUGAUAAAUCUAUUCCAGUCUUCAUCUCAGAAGUCCACUUCCUGUUCCUCAGAGUGCCAGCCAAUCAGCAGUCAGGAGGUAGCCCCCGACUAAGCGCUGGACCAAAGAGUCUGAUCCAGAUCAGCCUGUAAUGGAGUCACACGCUUCAUUCACACAAACAGGAUUCAGUAGAACACGCUGCAGAACCGGCCUCAGUUGUUCUGUCUGGAACACAGUUCAGUUACUGUUCAGCAGCUGUUCUAGGUGUGAGGCACCGUCCUAACUCAGCCUGAAGACAUUUGACUGUAUGUGUCUUUUGAUGAGUGUCUGGAACUGUCUCCACAAGGAUCCUGUCCAAAAGACAUGGACCCUGGAUUUUGUUUCAGUUCUGCUUCUGGAUCUUGUUUCUCUGAGUCGGAGCUUUGAAGGAACUCCACCCACUGAGGGCGUGCCAGGGGCGGGGUUUGUGAGACAGCUGAAGUCUGAAGAGGUACAGUGAAGAUUUGCAGCCUGAAAAUCUACCUGUUACAGGUGUGAACACCUCAGACCACGCCCACACGAAGCCAUCAAAACCUUAACACUGUUGAAUCCAAUCUGCGUCCACACCGGUGGCGUCUCCAGGUGGUUUCAGCAGAGCUCUGUCCUGUCAAACACCUGGACAACAGGAAGACAGGUAAAUCUUUUCAGUUCAACGACAGAACAUCUGGUGCUGACAUCUGUACGUGAUGAUCAGCCGCUCUGCCGAGUUCAGGUACGUCCACUUUAAACCGAAGGAUCACAGAGGACGUCGGAGGACCAGAGGUCGGGAAGGUCUCUGUUCUAACGAGACCAGCUUCAUGUGGACGUGGUCUGAGACUCUGUGCUCAUUGGCUGACAGAGGUCCGGUCCUUCUCGCUCCACCUGCUGAUCGGUGAGGACAGAAUUCAGGAUUCUGCCCACGAACUGAGAUUAGUCCACGUUUUUAAUCAGACAGUGAAAAUUCUAAACACUAAAACUGGACUGAGUGUGAAAGUCACACACAUUACACAGCUGUUACAGACAACACCUGCACACAGGUGUCCGGAUGAUUCUGCUGCGAUCGAUCAGCUGAUCCGUCGUUUCAACACAUUUUGUUACUUGAGUUUAUUUUCUUUUAAAAUGCCUCAAACAUUUUGCACUAAAAAGUAAAACAUCUGUUUUUUCUUCUGCAGCUUCUGAAUCUGACUUUUUUUUUUUUUUUUUUUGUUGAAAAGUUUAGUCUUCCCAAGAUGCAUCAAGGUUAACCCACCUGAUCGCUCCCAUGAUACCUAGCGGCCUUGGAGUUAGUGAAGGAUGCAGCGAUGUUCUGAGGGUUUUGUAGAAAAUGUGUGUGUGUUCAUAUUGAAUACGACUGAA